AUGGGAUCAAUACCACCCCGAGACGACCGUCCGGUCUUCUUCUUCGAUAUAGACAACUGCCUAUACGCAAAGUCCACGAAAGUACACGACCACAUGGCCCGCUUGAUCAACGAAUUCACAAUCAAACACCUCAGUCUCUCGCCCGAAGACGGAUACGCACUCCACCGAAAGUACUACAAGGACUACGGCCUAGCAAUCGAAGGUCUAUCACGACACCACAAGAUCGACCCACUAGUCUUCAACCGCGAGGUGGACGACGCAUUACCCCUAGACGAUCUGCUAAAGCCAGAUCCAGAGGUCCGAAAAGUCCUCGAGAGCUUCGACAAGACGAAAGUGAAAAUGUGGCUAUUCACCAACGCGCACAUCACCCAUGGCCAACGGGUAGUCAGACUUCUCGGUGUGGAGGAUCUGUUCGAGGGUAUCACCUACUGCGACUAUGCUCAGAAACCACUCGUGCCGAAGCCUUUGCCUGCCAUGUUUGAGAAGGCGGAGAAGGAAGCGAGCACGAAAGAUUACGACAACAUUUACUUUGUAGACGACUCAUGGCUGAAUUGCCGAGACGCGUACAAGCGAGGGUGGAAAAACACCGUGCAUCUUGUUGAGCCACAGGUUCCGGAUCCGGAGGAGAAGGCUUGUGAGCAUCAAAUCAGCCGGUUAGGACAGUUGCUGGAGCUCUUCCCGCAACUGAUCAAGGCGAGGUCAUGA